CUCCUUCCAAGCACCCCCCCCCCACCCCGAGUCAUGCUGUGAUGGUAAAUACGGUGUAAUAUUUAAGGAGAAAUAUGGGAAAUUGUUUGAAAUCUCCUACGUCAGAUGACAUUUCUUUGCUCCAUGAGUCUUCUGACCGGGCGAGUUACGGAGACGGCACCGAAAUAGAUCAGGAGCCGCCGCCGCCAUAUCAGGAACAAGUUCAGGUUCCUGUCUACCAUCCUACUCCAAGUCAGACCCGGUUAGCCACUCAACUUACCGAAGAAGAACAGAUCAGAAUAGCGCAAAGAAUAGGCCUCAUUCAGCACCUCCCCAAAGGGGUCUAUGACCCAGGAAGAGAUGGAUCAGAAAAGAAAAUUAGAGAGUGUGUUAUAUGUAUGAUGGACUUUGUUUAUGGUGAUCCAAUUAGGUUUCUUCCAUGCAUGCAUAUUUAUCAUCUGGACUGUAUAGAUGACUGGCUGAUGCGAUCCUUUACCUGCCCUUCGUGUAUGGAACCAGUGGAUGCUGCAUUGCUUUCUUCAUAUGAGACCAACUGAGAAGGCUUUGCCUUCUAUAUCUAGAUACCGUGGAAAAAAAAUCCUGAUCUCUACCAUUGAGCCAAAGAGUCAGAGAUUUGGAGAACCCUGAUUGUAUGCGAUCAUGUACUAAGUACAACACUGACGAUAACUCAUGACUGCAGUUGUUAAAAACUUGUAUGUAAUACUUAAAUGCUGUUAUAAAAAAAUAAAAGUAAUCUACAAAGCCCUGACCACAUGUUGUGUAUCUUAAACAAAGAUGGCUAAUACAUUUGAAGUGACCAUUAGUUUUGUGACAUGAGCACAAAAACCAUGAUGCAGUGUGCAUUUCAAAAGUUUUUGUAAAACAUACUUGCAUGUUAAAGGAACAGUAUCCUCUCUUUGUCAUCUUGUUACGGCUGUUCAUUGUUGUUUUAUAUCGAAUGCAUGGAAUGCUGUUUUCGCAAGUCGGUGGUUACAAAAGUAUCCCAUGCAGCACAACUCUCAGGAACAACGGGUGCUUACUUUCUUUUGGUAUAAAAGCUAUCUGGGGAAACAACUUUUAAAAAUAAUUUUGAGGCACUCAAACUUUACAUCUGCUGUAGCUUAAUUUAUGUAUGCAUAUGUACGUACAGAUGCAUAUGUAUGUAUGUGUGUGAAUGUGAGUGCCUGUAAUUUUUAUGCAAAUGGUUAGCAUUUUUAGUGCCUCAACCAAUGUUUCUAGCACCUCUUUAGCCAAAAGAGCCUCUGCAAAGAUGGCAUGUUGGGUCUUCAGGUUCCUUGAUGAAAGGAUACUGCAGUAAUAUAUUAUCAUUUGUGUUCCGCUACCAUAAAGUUUAUAAUUUGCUGGCAUGUGGAAGAAGAAAUACGGAUUCAAGUUAUGAAAUCUAGUCUUUUGGCCUACUUAAAAGGAUACUGUUUCUAUACUGCAGUACGUUGUGUUUAGUAUUUUGUGGCUUAGUCUUUUCCAACAAUGAUUUGGUGGGAUGCUAACAUUUUGGUCAGGGUUUUGUUUACAGGAAAACUCUAGGUGCCAGUAUAGCAAACAAUUUGUGCAGAAGAUUAAAAUGUUUGUUUACUAUUUUUUUGAACGAUUAUUUGGCUUCACUUCAACUAUGUAGUGGUACUAAAUGCAUGCGAAGACAGACUUCAUAAUACAAUAAGUAAUAUCUCCCACAGUCCAUCAAGCAAUGUCAAUGCUGAUGAAGAGACAUAUAUGCAAAUACUGAGCCUAUGGACCAUUGUCCUGAAAGAAAAAUUACUUCCUGUGCAAAAACCUGGGGAGCACACUGCAGAUGAGUAGUGAACAAAUAUAAUUGUUUAAUAAAGUUUUGUUGCAAUGAUUGAACUCUCAUUUUAAAUUUUAAUUUUACAGCCUGAAAAGGAUUAUUGGUCCUGUAUAAAUUUGGCAGUUGUCCAUAAAACAUUGAGAUCAAAAUUCCAAUUGCACAGUACUUUUUUCUUUGCAUAUGUUAAAACAAAAUGGCAGAAUAUGCAACACAGUAUUUACUUGAGCUGGUCAGCUUGUUAGUCAACCUACACCAUCCCAACUGAAGUCAUAGCACAAUUAAAAUCUGGCUGGCACUAGUUGCAAGGACAAGGAACAGUGAAGCUUUAGAAUAUUAGUGGAUGAACAUUAAUCAGAAAUUCCGAUUGUAUCUUCCAUUAAAGAAAUUUGAAAGACAAAAAUGCAGUGGAUUGGUUGAAGGGACGUUCUUCAUGAAAAGGUACUUGCCAAGCACAUUGAGGAAAGGUGAUGUGAACACUCCUCAUAUGUUGAUGUGCAACUGAUAAGAUGCAACAUUUUAAUAAAAUUGGCCACUAUCAUUUCAUAAAGUUUGCAGGUACUUUUUCAUGAAAACUGCUUUUAAAAAAUUUAUAAAUAGAUCAAAUUGUGGAUGAAGAAAAACCAUAUAAUUGGACCUGGAGUUUUCCUUUUUUAAAAAAAAAAUCUUUAACACUGGCACAAAGAAGUAGGAAUUCAAGCUUUUUUGCACAGUUCUUUUCCAUUACAAAUGGAACUCAUGGCCUUAGGUCUUUUGAAAUGAUGUCUUGUUAUGAGCCAGUCUAGCAUGGUGCUCAAAAAAUUGAUUCGGGAUGCACCUCUGAACAUUCUAAAGAAUAGUUAGUAAAACUGCAUUUGAGAAUCAAGUAGUUCCAGUGGUGUGCAGAGGUUCUUGUAAAGGCAGAGAUGUAUUUUUCAAAAUCUUCUUUCACAUUUUGCAUUCAAGAUUCUCAAAUUUUUGAGUACUAUUAGCUGACUUGCAGGUCUUCCAAAAUAAUGGAAACUGUGCUCAGAUAAAUUAAUAGGUUGAGGGGAAGUUUGUUUGUUCAAAGCAGCUUAAAGGCUCUAGCUUUAAUGGUUUUGCAUUAUUUGUGAAAUAAGAGGUAAGAUUUAAAUUCAAACAUUUCCUCAUGUAACUUGAGGGACACAAGUUGCAAUAGAUGUUGCUAAGGUUAAGAGCCGUUGGUCUUAAAUCAUUGUAAAGGAAGACCUGUGUUUGUGCAAUAUUUUCAAUUGAGAAACCAUAGUAUUUGCAGCAGUUUCUUUUAUGACCAUUCCACAAACUUUUUAGUAACUACACUUUUAUUGUAAUUAUGUUUAAAUUUCAGACUUUCAGCGUGCACAUAGGGGUGCACAAAUGUGUGGGAGUAAUCAAGAGUGUUGUGUGUAAAACUGGCAGAACUUUUGAGUGUUCCAUUUUAUUUAUAAGUGGCAUAUUACACAAAUUUAUGCAACGAUGGUGAGUUGAAUAGCCUUUUAGCAGUGGUUUGUUUCUAGGCACUUUGUGUUAACAGCUCUAACACAGAUUUUGUUUUGAUACUAUUUCAAAAGACUCUUAAUGCUCCAAGCUUGUAAGAAUUGGCCUGUCCCCUUGAAUGGAUUGGUGGCAGCAUGGUUUUUCUUUUCCUUAUAAAUGUUUCACUGUACUUCUGCAUCAUUCUUCUGGACAAUUAAUUAGAUGUGGUUUCACUACAGUUUUGGUAUGAAAACACCAAACAGGUAAUUCAUUCAUAAGCAACAUGAUCAUAAUGCUUCCCCACCCUGAAAACAAUUUUUUAAAACAUUCCUGCCAUACCAGUAAAAGCUACACUGAACUAAGAUUUUUUUUUGUACGUUUCACCUGAGAAUCAGGUUUGAGCUACUGUGAGAUUGUGUUCUACUGCCUUUCUUGCCCUACACCACCAGCAAAACAACCAUAAGCAUUUAAAACUAGUUUCUUUUGCAUACUACCAUAUGAUUCUGAAAUUACCCCACAAGAGCACACAAACACAUGCAUUUCAUGUACAGUUAAAUACACUCCACUAAUUUAGAUAUUUUAUUUGCUUAAAACCAAAGCUUACUGAAAAAUAAAUGGAGUUGAACACUGCUUUCUUUUGGUCUAUUUUUGGCCUGUUGCCACCUUAGCUACAGUUGCUUAGUGGGCUAAGAGUUGAGGCUUUUAGAUGUAUCCUAGAAUGAAAAAAAUGAUCCACCUUUUUGAUUACAUUGCGGCGCGGGGUUGGGUUGGGGUGGGGGGGGUGGGGAGAGAUAACCUUUUAACCUUCAAUUGUGUUAAUAUUUUAGUUCAAAAUAUUUGUUUGUCAAGCAGAUUAUGCCAGCCUACUACUGUGAUAACUGUGUAGCCAGUAAUUUUAAUGAGCUUACUCAUGACCUCCUUAACCCUGUUAAUCAAAAGACUUUCCUGAGUUAAUAGAGAAUCUUUGCAAAUGUGACAUGAUAAAUUCUUGGACAUCAGAUUUGGUCGAAUGACUUUUGCUUAAAUUACAGAAUAUUCAAAAGCUGAAAACAAAUUUCCUGGCUAUAUGGUAUGAGAUAUUUCUAUGCACAUUGUAGGCCAUUUUAUUGCAUUAUCUACUCCAACUUGCUGAAAUGUAGAACAUUGUAAAGUUCUUUACAAGUUGUAUAACCAAUGUGUUAAAUUUGUUCUGGUUUUAUUUAUUGGUAAUCAACUUGUCUCAAUAAAUAUUAUGCUUUUUCAAUGUU